UCAACAACUCGAGUCCAUGGCCAAUGCUCCUACAGCUCCUGAACUUUUAAAGGUCAAGCAGCUAAACACAGAAGCAGACUAUGAGACUCCGAUGUGUGAAUUUCUUCAUGGCCUGAAUAUCAUAUACAUCCAUCCACAGGCUAGCUGCAGAGAGACGUACACGUCUCUGACUAGGACAUUUCAAGGAGAGCAACAACAACUAAGAACUAUAAAGAUCCAAGCUACUCCCAGUUGACUUCAUUAGAAGCCAUUGCAGCUUUCAACAGUCCUUGUUGAGGAUGAGAGGAACAAGCUUUCUCCACUUGACAACAACAGCUACCUCUCUGUUUCCAAAUUCACAGAGGUUGUCUUCCACAAUUAAACUACAACAACAAGAAAAAUCAAAACACUUGCUUUCUCUGUUACUCAAAAGCCCAACAAUUCACCACACCACUCAACAAGUCCACUCUCAGCUACUCACCACUGGCUUGCUUAAUCACUCCAUGCUUCUCUUUAACACUUUGCUCAGAUGCUAUUCUCUUAGUAAUUUCCCUCACUUAUCUUUUCUUCUCUACCAACAACUCCAACAAGCCUAUUUCCAUUCCCCUUCUUUAUCACCCCCUUCAUUUGAUAGCUUUGCCUAUACAUUCCUUGUAAAUGCAAGCACCAAUUUUUGUUGUCUGGGUCUAGGUAGGCAGUUUCAGAGUCUCAUAACUAAAGCGGGUUUUCAUUGUCAUGUUUAUGUACAAACUGCUCUAGUUAAUAUGUACGCUGCUAGUGGGGUUUUAGGUGAUGCUCUGCUUGCGUUUGAUGAAAUGCCUCAUAGGAAUACGGUUACAUGGAACGUGAUGAUUACUGGGUUGGUUAAGUGGGGUGAACUUGAAUUUGCUCGUUCUCUGUUUGAUGAGAUGCCGGAGAAAAAUGUUGUAUCGUGGACUGGACUUGUUGAUGGGUAUAUAAGGAUGAAUAGGUAUAGUGAAGGUUUAGCUUUGUUUCGAAGAAUGGUUAUGUUAGAGGAUAUCAAACCAAGUGAGAUAACUAUUCUUGCCAUUUUACCUGCCAUUUCAAAUAUGGGAGAAAUGAAAAAUUGCCGAUUGAUCCAUUGUUAUGGGGAGAAAAGAGGAUUUAAUGCGUCUGAUAUACGUGUUACUAAUUCAAUAAUAGAUACUUAUGCAAAAUGUGGUUGCAUAGUGAGUGCUUUGAGAUUUUUUGAGGAGAUUUCUGUAGAGAGGAAGAAUUUGGUGUCAUGGACGUCAAUUAUUUCGGGGCUCGCGAUGUACGGGAUGGGAAAGGAAGCAGUUGAAAGUUUUGAGGAGAUGGAGAAAACAGGUUUGAAGCCCAAUCGAGUGACGUUCUUGAGUGUUCUUAAUGCCUGUAGUCAUGGAGGAUUGGUUGAAGAGGGCUUCAAGUUCUUCCAAAAGAUGGUGAAUGAGUAUUGCAUUGUACCAGAUAUUAAGCAUUACGGGUGUUUAGUGGACAUGCUAGGCAGGACGGGGAGGUUAGAAGAAGCAGAGAAAUUGGCUUUGGGAAUCCCUAGUGAAAUUGUUAAUGUUGUGAUUUGGAGGACUCUUUUAGGUGCAUGUAGCUUUCAUGGUGAUAUCGAGAUGGGUGAGAGGGUGACAAGAAAGAUUAUGGAGAUUGAGAGAGGUUAUGGAGGAGAUUAUGUGCUCAUGUAUAACAUAUUUGCUGGCGCUGGGAGGUUUGAGGAUGCUGAGAGGUUGAGACAUUUGAUGGAUCAGAGAAAUGCCUUAAAAGUUCCUGGCCAUAGUUUGGUCUGACCAAUUACACUGAUGCGUCAGAUAGUUGUUGACAUAUUUGUCUUUUGCUUUUCAACUUAAUCCAAGUAAAAGCUAGAGGUUCAUGAAUAUCAAGGUCACACAUCAUAAUAAAGAUGCUUUGGAGUUCUCUAAAUAUUUUUGGCAAUCUAUUUAUUGUUGUUGAAUCCCCAUUUAGCAGCGGCUAGUUGAAAUGAUGCCCUGAAAUGGAUAUGGCUUACAUGAGAAGGGAUGGCACAAGCACCUGAGUGUUAACCAAUGACUGAGUUCACUGUUCAAGUAUGUGAGCAGGAGAUGAAUGCUGUUGCAUUUGUUGAUCCAUAUCAUCAAAUGCUCCUAUUCAACUGCUCUGCAGCCUGUCAGUUACAAAAAUUUUAGAGACCUGAGUUGCCAUGAAUCUGCAACCAAGCUGAGAAUUAUUAUAUGCUAAUUAAAGCCUUGUGACACAUGCUCUGGGACCAGUUAUCCUGGUUUGUUCCUUUGAGCUUUCUUAUUCAAUAUAUAUUACUUACAUUCUCUGAUCAUGAAAAAGUGCUGGAACUUCUUAAGGGAUUGGAGGACAUGUUCCUUCCAAAUGAUGCAGACACCCAUGUAGCAAACAAAAACCAUAUAAUAUGAUCUAGAAGCAAAACUAACAUCAAGUAGUUGCGUUCUUGAGACGACAUUUUGAAUUGUGCAUAACUGACAUUGUAAAACCAUGGAGACAAGAUAAGCUUGAGGAAACGUCUUCAUUCUAUGUAAAAAGUUAUUUUUAUUAUACAAAUAUUUCUCCAAUUUUUUUACUUUCCUGGAUUGGUAUUCUUCUGCCAUGCAUAAGGUUCAAUUGCAUUUGCAUAUUUCUAUUGAUGGGCUGUUGAUCUGCAUUCCAUGUUCUCCUUUCCAUUGCAUGAUUUGUUUCUGAAGCCAAGAGGAGAACAAAUAAAAUGAACAGCAGGGAAUAAUCUAUGAGUUUGUAAACUCAUACGCGAACAUUUAAAUAUCCUCCAUUUGGUAUGAUUUAUUUUGCAAGA